AUGGCCAGUCGUCGCCCUCAGGCGCAGUCUGCUGCUGCUCCUCCUUCCGUAGGCGAGAAGCCAUCCGAUUCCGAUGUUACUCCUGCAGUUCCCUCAAAUGUCAUCUUUAAAUUGUUAGGAUUCAGUGCCGCAAUGAUCUCAUCUCCCAUUGGCAUGUACUUUGUGGCUGUGGAGUUUGGAGGUGAUUAUUAUCUCCGCUUGCCUAUUUGGUUCUUCAACGGUGAUGUUUUAUCUAACCACAGUGCAGCCAGUUCAACGGUGGCUGGUAUUGCGGCAGCAAUCACCGCCAAUGUGGUCCUAUUCGCAUACAUCUAUGUUGCAUGGCAAGAUGACCAAGAAGAGAGAGAAGCCUUGGCCAAGAAGAAGGAAAAGAAGGCUCAGUAG